AUGACUCAUGGGGAGGAGCCUGGCCCUGAGACACACAAGGAUUCAGCUGUUCUAACUUAUCUGGAAGGUUUACUGAUGCAUCCAGUGGUGGCCGGGCCUGGGGCCACGGCAAGCGGGAGAUCUGAGGCUGCCCAUAGCAACCAGGAGCAGGGUGACAAGGUGGGCGGGCCCUACCAACUGCCCAACCAUGGCCCCACAGCUCCCAAGGCUGGAACCAAUGGGCCCACACUAGGUUCUUCACAGCACCUGAAGAAGGCCCGCCUACUGCGCUCUGGAGCCUGGAAUGAUCCAGGGAGCCAGCGGAUGAGUUCACCCCCAAUGGAACUAAAUGGUCAGGGGGGAGGCCUGCAAAAUGGAGCUCUAGAGGGAUCUCCUCAUGCUGGGGAGAGCACCCUGUUGGCUUCUCUGCUUCAGUCAUUCAGCUCACGGCUUCAGAGUGUGGCAAUGUCUCAGCACUCUAAUAAGCCCCCCAGUGAGUGCUCCUCUCCAUCCAAGGCACCACCUGCAGACAAAGACCCACUUCCUGUGUAUGGGACAGCCUCAAGCCGCUUGAAGGGGCUAAUGAGGAAGAGCAAACUUCAAAAUCACAGUAACACACCUUACAGUCGACGGGGACACAAUCAGGACAGACCCCCUGAAUCACCUCGGUCAGCACAUAGUGCCACGCCCCCCUCUGCUCCAGCAACUGCUGAGUCAGUUUCCUGUGCGGAGCGUCUGAAGGCGGUGGCCAACAUGGUGAAAAUCCGUUCUAGUCCAGCACCUUCACCCAAGCCCAGCGUGGCCUGCAGUCAACUGGCACUGCUGCUGUCCAGUGAAGCCCAUCUCCAGCAGUACUCCAGAGAGCACGCUCUCAAAGCCCAGCUCUCUGGAAGAUCUGCCAGCGAGAGACUAGCUGCCAUGGCAAACCAGCAACAUGGCCAGGACAAAAGGCCACCUAGUGUGGGAGGGACUCUGCCUGGAGCCCCAGACACCCUAAGCUCCUUAACAACCCAAAAUGGAAUGACGGCAACGAACACAAUAACAACAACACUCUCUCGAACAGCCCUGUCGAGUCCACAGAGCCCCUCUUUGCUGCGUGGCCACAGCCAAAGCUCCCCAGCCACUCCCCCACAUGCUCCAAGCCACACUCACAGCCAACCACCGAGGGAGAAGCGAGGCUUUGACUCCCGUCCAACCCGCCCCCCCCAGACAUGCAGCAGCCUGCUGCUCCUGCUACUCAACAACCACAACAACCAGAAGCAGCUGACCAAGAAUGGGCACCUGGAGGACAGCUGUGGCAUUCUGCCACCGAGCGGCUCCUCCUCCGUCACAUCGGACAGCGAGUGCUCCACCCAGGAGAGGAGCAUGACCAAGGACAGCAGUGAUGCAGAGAGCUCCUACUCGAGUUGCUCUCCCAUUGACCUCUCCAUAAGAAACCGGGCCAACAUACAAGACACAGGGCCCAAAACUACCACCCCCUCUUCCUCCUUCUCCUCCUUCUCUUCUUCCACCUCUACCCUCUCUUCUUCCACCACAGUGUUUUCUUCCACCCCAGUUGCAUUCUCUCCUCAAGCCUCAGCUCAACCUUCCACCACAACCUUUUCUCCAUCCUCUACCAUUGUCUCCUCUGUUUCCAGUGCUAUUUCUUCAUCUUCCUCUUCCUCUAUCUCUACCUCCUCCCUGGACAAACUAACAGAAUCUUUAAUAAACAAGUGGAAACCAGAGCCAAGUCAAGGAUCAAAGUUGUCCAAGAACAAGGAGUCUGAAAUGAGCCCAGACCUAAAAUCCCACCCUAAGGUCACACUAAUGCAGCUUCUUCUCGAUCGCAGAAACAAUGAGAUGGUCAAUAAGAGUGUAGGUAACCAGGAUUUGCCACUUGAUAUAUCUAUGGCCACCAUGUCUCGAAGCCAACCAAAGGGACUGGUGCCAUGGGAGGAGACCAGGACAAAAAGCCCCACAGAUAGGCCUGUAGCCCCAGCCCAGCCCCUCUACUCACUUAGUCGUGACCCUAGCGGUGCCCUAUCCCCGUACUCCUACCCGUCCCCCCACGUCCAGUCCAGCCCAUUGGACUUGUGUAAAUCUAAAACCUUCCCUGCUGAGAAAGCUUCAGAGCCCGCCUUCAGUGCCAGUAAACUGUUGCAGAAUUUGGCUCAGUGUGGCACAGCUUCUUCCUCCCCACCCAUCCCCUCCAGCAAAGGGCUGGGCCAGGAGCUUGAUGCCAGCAGGCCUAUUGCCCUGUUGGAAAGGCUCAAUGCUCCAAUUCACAGGACCACCACCACUCCACUCUCCGACAGACCCUCAGGCAGUGGCACACCUUUCAGUCGGAAGGAAGCCUCUCCUCCUGUAUCACAGAUCGAGAACCUUCUGGAGAGGCGCACCGUGCUGCAGCUCCUUUUAGGAACAGGCUCGGCUGCUGCUACAGUCAGCCGCAAAGAAAGGCCCAGUGGGAGGAGGAGUGCGGAGGUGCCAGGGGCGUGUUAUGAGAAGAGCCCCGGUGCCUGUGACACCUCCAAUGGGCCUCCUUUGGAUGUAAAGGUAAAAACGGAGAUCAUGGAGGGGGUGGGACCAUCCUCUGCCAUGUCUGAUGACUUGACUGGCAGAAAGAGACACAGUGGCUAUGAGAAGAGUAGCCCCCUCUCAGACUCACAGCAGGACUUAAAAACAGAACCACGGCCUGCAGAGGUCAUAGCAAAAUAUGGCCUCCUCAGCCAGCUGCUUAAACAACAGACUGCUACCUACUAUACCAGUGCUGCUAUGCAGACUGAGUCACAGCCCAGACAGGUUAAAGAGGAACAGAGAGAGUAUCCAAGCCCCAGUCCUAAGAAGCGACGCCUCUGCUCUGAUCGGACUGACAGUUUGAAUAACACCAGCUCUCCAAGAGCAGUGGACACUGGUGACACAAACAUUUUUGCCUCUUCUGUUGUUCAGGAAGAGCCUGAACAGCAGAGGAGUCUGAAGGAAGAGGAGGCUCCAUCCAGGAGCCCACCGAGUGAAACCCUCACCAGAGAGAGCCGGGGCUUCAAUGUGCUCAAACAGCUGCUGCUCUCUGACAACUGCCUGAAAGAGCUGUCCCAGCAGCCCCGGGGGGCACCCAGUCCCUCUGUCCUACAGGCUAAUGGCAAGGCCAACGGCAGCAUUCUCAGUCAGCCUGCCCAUAAUCACAGCUUCCUCCACCUGCCUGGCUGGCACCCUCACGGUCCCCUCAACUCAGGGCUACAGAGUAAUCUCAGACCACUGCCCACCCCCCCUGCAGGUGACAGCCCUAUCCGCAACCCCUGGAGCCGCCACCCAGCUCCAUGGCCUGUCACUCAAAAACGGGACCCCCCUACUCUAGUCAAACAGGAGCCUGAGAGCCCUGUGCGGUGGAGUAGUCAGGAGAAUGAGGAGGAGGAGGGUUGUGACUCAAACCCGGACUCUCCCCGGCUCUCACGCUCUAACCCCAUCCUGUAUUACAUGUUGCAGAAGGGCAGCAUUCAGAUGAGGAAGGAGGUGAGGGAUCAGGCGGAGGGGACCCAGCCUGUGGUGAGAGUGAAAGAAGAGCCAAUCAGUGACAUGCAUGCCUAUGAACACAGUCUGCGCUCCACUCCGCAAUCACCGACCCACAACGACAAGCACAGCCAUGAGAGCCAGGGGCUGAGCCAAUCAUCUGACUAGAAGUUGUAUCAACUACAG